GCGCAAUGAGCUCCGCCAGCUCCGGGUCCGAGGAUGAAGCCGCAGGAGAGUACUCCUGGGAUGGCCGGCGCUUGUGGAAGACGGAGGCCGCGGUUCGUCUCUUCUCGAAGAAGGGCAUUCUCGAGCCCUGGCGACUGAUCAACAUCUUGCAGACCGUGAUCUGCGGCACCUGGUGCUUCCUGCUGUUGUGCAUGGUGGUGGACGUGUUCUUGGGUGACCAGGCCUUGGUCACUGCGCCCCACUGGUCGCGCCCCCCGAUGUCGCGCCUGUCCCUGGAGCCGCACGAGCUGGGCACGCCCCUGGGCUUCCCCUGGUACGCAGGUGCCAAGCCAUGGAUUCCUGAGCAGAUGGCCUGGCAUGAGGAGAAGCGCGAGGCCACCAGCGGCUUCAUCAGCGCUCCUCACUCCGGAUCCCACGAGGGAGGCGGUGGGCACAGCGCACUCCACAAGGGAUCUGCCCGGCGCCUGAGUGUCAGCCCGGCGCAGUCAGCGUUGCAGGAUUUGCUGGAGUGGAUGCCAGGCGUGGUGGAGGAGAAGGUGCGCCAGGUGAGUUGGCCUGCCUUCUUUGAGCCCCGGGUGCUGGCCUGUGGCCUUCACGGCAUUGCUGCUGUGACGCCCCGGGGUGUGGGCGCUUUCUUGGGGCCCAGAGCCUCGAAGGCGCAGCGCUUCAGCCUGACUGGGCUCGCACAUUUGCCUCCGAUCAUCUCUGCGGCUUUUCGGGACUCCAAGGAGCUCAUUGUGGUGACCCGAGCUGGUCAUCUCGCCACCUGCCCGGAGGCUCGGUGCCGCGAGCUGCAACGUCUGCCGCUGGCUCCGGGCGCUCAGCUCCGCGCUGCCACGGCCGCAUGGCUAGGCGAAUCUCAGCCAGAGCUCCAUGCUGCGUUCAUCGAUGAGGAGCUUCCCAAUGUUGUUGCCAUCUUCAAGCUCCUCGGCAAGGUGUGGCGCCCUGUGGGCGAGCUGCCGGUGCCUUGGGCCGACGAACUACGCCAACCGCAGGCCGCCAAGGUGUCGCUGGCCUUGGGACCCAAUGAGUUGACCAUCGCCACCGGCACCGGCGCCGUCCUCCGCCGCAGCCUGGAGGACGGACACGUGCUCGAGUUCGGCACGCACAAGUGGGGGGGCAUCUCGCCGGUGGCGCAGUGGCAGGGCGCAUGUCCUACUGAAGACGGCCAAUCACCUGGCCUUCAUCUCAAAAGCCUGGCUCAUUUGCGCCUGCGCCGCUUCACCCAGGCCUGGCUGCCGGAGCUCCUUGUGAAGGAGCCGGCACCUCGACCUGCCAUCUUCCAGUGAGGGAGCUGGGAGAUGCCUGCCUCGGCCUCAAAAGGGGACGGAUGAUCGGGGGCUUUUCUCCGCCGAGGCAGGAGAGUAAUAAGUAUGCUUCAGCGCGCAAUUUGUCCCGGGCGCGCGAUUGCACAUCGGCGACUUGCUGUGCUGCGAUGCUGGGGGAUCUUUUUCGGUUCGCAAAGGCCAGUGAUACAUGGUGAGGGCAGUGAUGGUAGUGCUGGCGGCAAUGUGAAUGAAACUCCAGGAACUGGGGGCUUCAAAAGUCCCCUCAGCCCAAUCUUGCCUGGCUUUGGCAUGUCGGAGCGUCGCGCAGCGGUGCUUGUAC